AUUCUUACUUUUCUUUCUUGUUUUUUUUUUAAAAAAAAACAAUUAAAAGUAAAAAAAGGCUAUUAUCAAUAUGAAGUUUGGCUCACAUUUAAAGGAUGCUAUGUAUCCAGAAUGGACAGCUUAUUAUAUUGAUUAUGAUAGUUUAAAGAAAAAGUUACGAAAAGCAGAAAAAGAUAGACCAUUUACUGAAAAAGAUGAAACAGAAUUUGUAGAAUUAUUGGAUAAUAAUCUCGAAAAGGUCUAUGCUUUUCAUCAAGAUAAAAUGGAAGAAAUUAAAAAAAGAAUUAAUUUAUAUGAUGAUAAUAUAAAUAAGAAUGAUUUACUAACUGAAGAAGAAAUGAGCUCAAUUCAAGAAAACAUCAACUGGGUAGCUGAUGAUAUCAAUCGACUUGCUCGUUAUUCUCGUAUCAAUUAUACAGGUUUCCUGAAAAUUAUUAAAAAACAUGAUCGCCAUACUGAUUAUAUCCUCCGUCCAAUGUUUAUGGUUCGUUUAAAUCAAUGUCCCUUUUGGAAUGAAAAAAGUAAUGAUAAUGAUGGAUUAUUGUUAAAAUUAUCAACUUUAUUCUCUAAAGUGAGAGAAGGUGGCUUGUCUAUGUCUUUCAAGCCCACCUAUCAUCAAGAACAACAACAAUUGGAAGAAGAAGGUCGAAAUUUAAUAGUAAAGCGUUUUUUUGUUCAACCUGAGAAUAUUUUAGAGCUUAAGACCUAUGUUUUGCGUCAUCUACCUGUCUUAGUAUAUCGCGAUCAUAAUAAUAUAUCUAACGAUCAAGAUAACAUUGAUCCUCCAGUCUCUUCACUUUAUUUAGAUAAUACCGAUCUGGAUUCUUAUAAUUCACGUCUUGAAGGUGCAGAAGGGUCUCAAAUUAUUCGCCUUCGCUGGUAUGGAAGCGUCAAAAGAAAUCGUUCUAUCAGUUUUGAACUUCGAACAUUAGCAGAGGAAAGUCGAGGUGAACUUAAGAAUAGAUUUACGAUUAAGGAUAAACAUGUUUCAAAUUUUUUACAAGGAGACCAAGCAUUUAUUGAAAAGUCUAUACAAAAAAUGAAAAACAGCGGUCGAUCAGAUGAAGAAAUAAACAACUAUAGGCAUUUAAUUAAACAUGUUCAGAAUUUAAUUCAUGAGAAACAAAUGCAACCAGUCUUGAGGACUUAUUAUCGUAGAACUGCUUUUCAAAUUCCUGGAGAUAGGACUGUCAGAAUGGCACUUGAUACUGAUUUAUGUUUUAUUAGAGAAGAUUCUAAACUCUUUCCAGAUGAUGAUAGGGUUCGUCGUCCGGAUAAUCAUUGGUGUCGACCUGAUGUUGACAUAAACUUUCCCUUUAAUAAUAUUCAAAAUGAGAAUGAUAUCAAUCGAUACCCUUUUGCUACAUUUGAAAUCAAGCUCGAAUUAGCAUCUAAUGAAAAAAUGCCUGAAUGGAUAUCUGAUUUAGAAGAAAGUGGUAUUUUAGAGGAAGCAUCUGAUUUUUCAAAAUUUGUUCAUGGUAUUGCCGUUAUGUUCGACACCCGCGUUUCUCUUUUGCCCUAUUGGCUAGCACAGAUGGAUAAUGAUAUUGAUCAAUUACCUACUUUGCCCUCAAAUACGCCUUCUGUUGUUGUAAGCAGUACUAGCAGUCAAAAAAAGCAUCCAAAAAAUAAAAGUGUACCAGCAAGUGUAUCAAGUUUUAUCCAUUCUGAUAUCUCUCAUCAGCAGAUGCAAAGAUCAUCUAGCACAAAUAGCGAUAAUGAAAGGACUUCUUUACUAAGAAACAACAAUAAGGCAGUAUCUUAUAUGGGUACAUAUCAAAAUGAUUAUCCACCUAGUCAUCAGCCAGCUAUGACAGUAAAGCAAAUUAGAAAUAAGAGUUUUGCUUCUCGUCUAGUUGAGAACAUCAACUCAAUAUUUUUUAAUCAUUUUAAUUCACAACAACAAGAACAACAUCAAAGGCAAAUAAAUGCUCCUCCUGUUAUCCUACCAACUGGAGUAAAGAUCCCUCAAAAAGUCUUUAGACCUAUUCGAGUUGAGCCAAAGGUGUUCUUUGCGAAUGAGCGCACAUAUUUUUCAUGGAUGUCCUUUGGUACUUUACUUUCCACAUUUUCAUUAGCUUUGUUUAAUGCAGGAGAUGCAGUAGGUAAAGUAAGUGGUGUUAUGUACACACUUGUCUCUAUUUCUACUUUAAUAUAUGGUGUGGGCCUUUACUAUCGUCGUCGCGAAUUAAUUCGAAAUCGUGCAGCAGGUCCUUAUGAUGAAACGGUUGGGCCUACCGUCAUUUGUUUUGCACUUCUUUUUGCAGUUGCCUUAAACACUUAUCUUAAGUUUACUGUAAAAGCGCCAUCCUUAUUGUACUUUUAAAGCUUUCUUUUCUUUUAAUAUAUCAUUCAUCAUAGCAUUAAUACUAUAACCUAUUCAAUUGCUAUUUUUUUGCUCUACAUUUAUAAAAUAUAUACGUAUCUAUAC